CAAAACUUUGCUUGCGAGUAGUGAUUGUGUUUAGUUUACUCCGUCUGUACUCGUUCAGAUUUUCUUUAUUAUUUGUGGUAAACUGUCGGAUUGAAGAGAUAUGGCUUGAGGCCAGCUUUUCUCAUUUUUGGAGAAGCAUAUUGACUAUGAAUAGAUCUUUUAGUUUACGAUUAUCUAAAAGACAUGGCAAUCAUCUGUACAGUUAUGCAGUGGAUGCAGGGGCGCUCCCCGGAAAGGCGAAGAAGGGGAAGACGAAAACGAAGUUGGAAAGCAAGAAAGCUAUUAGUUUAGAGGAAAACCAGCUUGAGCUUCAACAGAAGGCCAAGAGCCUGAGCCGGCCGGUCCUGCCCAGGUCUAAUACUCUUGAUGUUGACAGACCUUUGGAAAGAAGUGAGAGCAUCAACUCUAGAAGUAGUUUUAUAAAGCACAACAAAACAUUCCACAAACUCUUCCCAGAAAUCCCUGAAAAUGAGGACUUACUACAUGCCUACAUCUGUGCCCUACAAAAGGAGGUGCCUUAUCACGGUCGUCUAUACAUCACUGGCAGUAACGUCUGCUUCUACUCCUCUGUGCUGCUAAAGGACACCAAGGUGAUUAUUCCCGUGACCAAUGUAAAUAUUCUUAAGAAGCAGAACACUGCAUUGCUCGUGCCAAAUGCCAUUUCUAUCCGAACCACCGAAGGAGAAAAGUAUUUAUUUGUGUCCUUACGGAAUAGAGAAGGAUGCUUCAAGCUGCUACGAUCGGUUUGCCCUCAGAUAGAGGAAGGAAGUGCCAACAGCAGUCCUCUCUUCUCAUCAGCAGAGAACAGCUUUGAUCAAGGCAAACUGGUGCAGAACUCCAGUCAGUCCAGUCUCGAUGACUCUUGUGAGGUGGAUGGAGGACGUGUCUCUCCCCAGUUGGAACUUUCUGCAUCUAGACUAACAAAUGAAAGUAGUGCUGUUGGAACCCACUCCGUUACAAGGAGUGCUUUACAAGAGCAAGACGACGCCUCCACCGAAGAAUAUACGGGAAGUUCGUGGGUUUGGAAUGUGACAGACAGGGCUCGAUCUCUCCUCAUCCAAAGAGAAGUGAGCAACCUCAACACACUUCUCCUUAUCUACCUGAUCCUGGUGUUUCUCCUCCUGUUGUCUUCUGGCUAUAUCGGCCUGCGAAUUGUGGCCUUAGAACAACAGCUGACUUCCCUUGGUGCCCUACCUGAAUUUACCCUACAGAACGGGUACAAAGAAACAUAGCCCAACACCACCAUCAAGUUUGGCUUUUGUGAAAAGUACCAAAAACAAAUCCCUUUGGACCUCUUGUUCUUGAAGAUCUGCCCACAGAGAAAGUUGUGAAGGAACUUUAGUUGCAUACUCACCGGUUCCCCAGUACUAAAUCAUUUCUGACUUCGUUCCAAGAUAACAACCACAGGGCAGGCAGUUAUGGGAAGCUGAUCGUUUUGACAAGAAACGGGCAUGAUUUGACUUGUGAUCACGUAAAGACAUUGGGAUCCAUCCACCCUAAACAACCAAAGACAACCGGUUUGUUUCCAAAUGGUCUCAAAAAAAUCAGCAAAGGAGCCAAACAGUUCUACUAUGGGAAAACCAGUUUUUAUGUUCGAUAUUUGAUCUGAAAUCAAGAGUUUCGUCUUGACCAAGUGGUACACUCCUUUUGUAUGUGAUGGAACAAUUACGACCAUCAAAACAAUGUCACUGUAGUUUAACGAAUUACGUUGUUACAUUUUUCCAAAUUUCCAUUUUUAAUUUACUUAAUCAGUCCUUGUUUUGCGGUAGGCGCAUCUUUCAGACAAAAAUGUUCCAUUUUUCAUUCGUCUUUUGAUUCUUCGUGGUUGCAAUUUUAUUAUUAAAUCUGGUUUAGCACGAUAUUUAAAAAAAGAGCUAAUCAAACCGGCCAACCCUUAAUAUUACUGUAUGUAUACAUCUAUGCAUAAAUUGCUCAAAUCAGGUAGUUAAAGAGUUUGUUUUUUGUUUGUCUUUUUUUUUAUACUCAGGAAGAUGAAGUAGUCCGCCAUGCUAGUCUCUUCCAAAUCCCAACUGUUGUAACCCUUAAAAAAAGAAAAAAAGAAAAAAAAAAUAUUGUGUUGUAUAAGAACAGACUCGUUAUCCAAUGCAUUUUGACUAUUGCAUUGAUGCAAUUCAAACAUGGGACGUUUUUUUACAGAUAAAAUUGUUUAUCGCAUGUUAGCGCCAACCAAAAGCAUCGUUUCCAUUCUGGACUUGCGAUAAUUUAGUCCUAUUUAGUGAGAUAACACAAAUGGUCCAAAAUAUGCAUGAUUUUUAUGUGUAUGUGUGUUCUAAAUAUGUUGCAAGUUGUUUAAAGAGAUUGCGUGUAAAAGAGUGAGACGUGCAGAUGUUUUUGUGAUUUAAUAGAGCGCACUUUAAAGUGUAGAGACCGUCCAAAAGGAGGCGCUAUGUUGUAUGGAGUAGACAUUCUAUUGAUGUCUCUUUGUUGUGGGGUAUUAGAUGGUGCUAAGACAUCUCACUCAGGGCUGGGACUAACCUCCAAUUUGCAAUGCAUUGCAUGUCAAUUUUGGCAUCUUGGUCAUCUUGGCAGACCUGAUCUGCUGGUUUUCAUGGUCCGUAAAUCAUUCAGCCAUUCAGAACGCAUAUCGUAAUGUUUGGAAUGAACACCCACAUGGAUCCGCCAAGAGAAUUACACCGAAUUAUCUGUUGCCUUGGCAUUAAUUGUCCAAUUUCCAAACAAUAUCAUCAAUGCAUGUCCACUUAGAUCUGUGGAUUUCACAUUUUAUAAGGCAGUUGCCCUACAAAACAGAGAUUCCUGGUUGUCCUGAUCUAUACAAAUGAGGGGGAUUCAAUUAAAAAUGAUUUGCACAUAGCAUGUCGAAGCAUUGCAUUUCAACUCAACGCUGGGACCGAGCAGCCUCAAAGUCUAUUUAACAGCUGUCUAAUAACCACAAUGCAAGGAUCCCAACUUUUUAUCAUUUGUUUAUAUUGCACUAUUGAAGUGUUCUACUUGUUGUUUUUGUAUCAAUUUGUCAGUAAAAAAACUAAUUUUGUCUAUUUAUUGCAUAAUGUGUAUUUCAAAGUGGUCUCUGUGAGACUGGCUUUGGCAUUGUUUGAAUAAAUCAAGUGCUA